AACAAACACAAUGUUGUCAACAUUGACAUGUUGAAUGUUGGAGUAAAAAAUAAAAAUAUUUUUUGUGUUGAAUCAUGAAUGCAAUUUCACAACUUGGAAGUUGAAUGGAAGCUUUCAUAUAUUAAGUAUAAGUGCAAAUGAGUACAUAAUUGGUUUGAAAUCGACUAUAACGUAUAACCCGAUAUAAUAUCGACUAAUCUGUUUAAAAUUUCUUCUACCAAUACGUUCUUCCAAAUUAGUACUUAAAUAGACCUAGCAUAUCCCUAAAACUUACCAUAAUAAUACAUUUAAUAAGUCUGUUUUUUACGAAAAUAAUAUUAUGUCUGAAGUAACAUCCGUAUUCUUCGCAUCAGACACAAAUGAAGAACCAAAUGAUGAUUUAUGUGAUGAAUUCCUCAAUAUAAUCGAAAACUACAAUGAAUCUCUAACUCAAUUAUUUCUUCCAAGUAAAGUUAAACAUGUAUACAACCCAACAAUUUAUGCUCGUGAAACGUUUGAAACGUAUAUCAGAAAGUAUUGUAGCUCAAAGAAAAAAAUUAUGUUCUUUGGCAUGAAUCCCGGCCCUUGGGGAAUGUCACAAACGGGAGUUCCAUUUGGAGAGAUAUCAAGUGUGAGGGAUUGGCUCUGCAUAGAAGGUCAAGUAGACCGACCACCUAAUGAGAAUGAAUUUCGGCCUGUUAAGGGAUUCCAAUGUACAAGAACUGAGGUUAGUGGAAAGAGGUUCUGGGGAUUAUUUAAGAAGCUUUGUCACACUCCUGAAAAUUUCUUUAAAACAAGUUUUGUUUAUAAUUAUAUAAAUCAACAAUGGAUGACUUCCAGUGGCUGCAACAUAACACCUUCUGAUUUCAAAAUGUCGGAAAUGGAACCCCUGUAUAACAUUGGAGAUCUUGUGUUGGCAAAUGUACUGAGGCUGUAUGAAGUGGAUACAGUUGUCGCUAUUGGAAGGUUUUGCCUUUUGAGAGCCCAAAAAGCUAUAUCACAAUACAUUUUGUUAAAAAAUGUUAAGAUUGUUUAUAUGCCACAUCCAAGUCCGAGAGUAGUGAAAAACAAUAACUGGGAAGAAAAGGCAUUGCAUUGUUUAAAAUCUCAUGAUCUCCUGCAGUAUUACAGUCAAGGUGAAUAGGAUAACAGAGGACACUUUAAAGGCUUCAAGAUGGACGCGGAGUUUACCAUUCAUUUAAUUUCAGUAUACAAUCAUUUGACCACCUAGUAGACACUGUAUCGUACUCGCGCUAUGUAAAUAAAAGGAACAGUGAGGAGGCGAAGUACGUACGGCUUCGCUUACUCCAGUGAAUGAAUGACCAGCGAACGUGUGGGCACACCCAAGCACUUCAUGCGAAUUCCCUUUGAUGCGUGCCCGAAUAACCGACAAGUCACCGAUCGUCACGAUCACUAUGACGAUUAUAAACAAUGAUCGGCGAUUAGAAGCGAAUAAGCCCUCCACACGAUCGUGCUCGAGUGUAAUCGCCGAUUGUAAGAUAUGCCAUAACGCUUUAAUAAUGAUACUCAUUUAUACCGCCUACUAUUGUAUAGAUAACUCGUUAUUUACUUUUAGCAUAAGAUUAAAAUUAAACAUAAUUAAGAAGUCAAGCAAGAUGUAGACAAAGAAGUAGCAGUUGUAUGUCUGCCAGUGUAGUGUCUUAGCUUUAGUUAAUAUAUCAUUAAGGUUGAUACCUACAUUUAGCUAAAUAAAAUAUUGUAAAUC